CUAGUAUCCAAGUAGAAAAGUUCAUGUCACAGGGUCAACGACACGGUUAACUGUAUGUCACUGUCACAUUUGUUUUAAGUUUACGUUACAUGCGCGCCUUUUAUUUAUUUAUUGUUUUAAUGAAUUAAAAGUAAAACAAAAGUAGAAAUGGAAGGAGCGGACUCAUUUUUGUCUUGCGCUGUAACUUUAGAAUGGAUGAGUUCGCAAGGAUCUAUUACGAGAAAAGUUAAUUACAAAACUGCUUCACUAAGACUGAUUCGAAACGAAUUUCGGGAAAUGUUUAUGGAGAUUUCGAGUGAGAAAAAUGCUGCUAUAAAGCUGGCACUAAAAGGUAUAAAUGUGUUCAAAAAGUUUAUGGCAGAAGGUAAAGCGAGUGUUAAAUUCCAAGACGCUGGUUGCACUUUGUUUAUAUCAAACGCUCCUCCGACUAACCUCGUCGGGUUUUUAAGAACAAUAUUUGUAAAAAUGACAGGAGAUAAAGAUCAAGGUGCAAAUACUACACCUUCUAAACAAACAAUGAGAGCAAAGCUAUUGAGUGGAAAAGCACAAGCGUUUGAAGAGGUAAGUCCAGUGACGGCGGCAGAUGUUCAUAAUGCUAAGAAUAAAAUUCCUAAAUCGACCUUGACUACGCCGUCGCCGCCUUCCAAAAAGCGGAAAAUGGAAGAUGGUGCCCGUGGUCCAGCACCAAAAAAGUUAUACUCACCUUCACCUUUAACAAACACAAGUACUUUGAACCCAGAACAGCAAAGAGUUUUGGAAGCAUGUCUGGGUGGGAAAAACAUUUUCUUUACUGGGUCUGCGGGGACUGGGAAAAGUUUUCUACUCAAGAGGAUUGUGGCUGCUUUACCUCCAGAUGUGACUGUUGCUACAGCUUCAACUGGUGUUGCAGCUUGCCAUGUUGGUGGAACAACACUUCAUGCAUUCGCUGGGAUAGGUGAUGGAGCUGGAACUGUACAGAAUCUCUGUGAAAAGGCCACAAAGCUACCACUGGUAGCACAGAAAUGGAGAAAAUGUAAACAUCUCAUUAUUGAUGAAAUUUCUAUGGUGGAUGGAGGUUUCUUUGAGAAACUAGAAGCAGUUGCAAGAUAUGUAAGGAAGAAUGACAAACCCUUUGGUGGAAUACAACUCAUAUUAUGUGGAGACUUCCUCCAGCUACCUCCAGUUGUGGACAAAGGCAAAACAGGAAAGAGGUUUUGCUUCCAAUCUCCUUGCUGGGACAAAUGCAUUGAACUCUGUUUUGAACUGAAGCAAGUUCAUAGGCAAAAGGAUUCAGAAUUCAUAUCCAUUCUGAACAGCAUAAGAAUUGGCAGAGUAACCAAGGAAAUAACAGACCGCCUUACUGGUACAGCUAGACAAAAGAUUGAAAGUGAUGGUAUUCUUGCAACAAGAUUGUGUUCCCAUACAAAUGACUCGAAAAUGAUCAAUGAUUCAAAAUUAAAUGACCUUGAAGGAGAAGAAAAGCUGUUUUCGUCACAAGAUAGUGAUAAUGCUACAAAAUUACUUGAUAUGCAAACUAUAGCACCUUCAAAACUGCUGCUCAAACCUGGAGCUCAAGUCAUGUUACUAAAGAAUAUCAAUGUUAAUGCUGGUUUAGUAAAUGGUGCUAGGGGAGUAGUAGUUAGAUUUGAGGAAGGUUUCCCUGUAGUCAGGUUUAAGAAUAAAAAGGAGUACACAGCAAGAACUGAGCGCUGGUAUGUGAAGAACUCUAAUGGUACCUUGCUGUGUCGCAGACAAGUGCCUUUAAACUUAGCUUGGGCGUUUUCUAUACACAAAUCCCAGGGAUUAACUCUGGACUGUGUUGAAAUGUCUUUGGCAAAAAUAUUUGAAGCUGGACAAGCUUAUGUUGCCCUUAGUAGAGCUCAGAGCUUAGACACACUGAGAGUGCUAGAUUUCGAUUCUCGGCAUGUUUGGGCAGACCCUAGUGUCCUAGAGUUUUAUCAACGAUUUAGGCGACGCUUACAGCAAAUGGAGAUUGUCCCUCUUGGCAGACCAUUGACUGAUAAGACAAAUAAGAAAUUGAAAUUAAGAGAUAUAUUAGAAAAACAAUUAAGGCGUAAAUAAUAAGCUAUUUUUAAGAAUAUUUAUUUAGUAUCAAUUAUAGUUUUAUAAUCAUGACUAUUAGAAGUAAAAUGGAAAUAAUGAGACUGAAUGUGUUCAAUGGCUGUCCUUGAAUAUAUUUCCUUUUAAUUUAGAUAAUGACA